UGUGUGUGUCGGUCACAGGGGUCUGUUUCACGGGGUCGAGGUGGUGCUCGCCAUCCGUUGCUUCAUGCGAUGGCAAGACUGCAGAACGGCCUUGGCAAGACGGACACGACCUUGGAAACGCCACAGUACGCGCUUCUCUGGGACUCUAUACACAAUUUGAGGGGUGACCUGGAGGACAGGUACAACCUCACCCUGAAUGUGGAUGGGAAGGGUUUGUACUUGAGCGGUCUGGGUGAAGAAGACGUGUCGGCUUCGCAUCGGCUGAACGUGCCGUUUCCGCUGCGGUCGUCGACCACUGCUGCUGACUACGACGACCAGCAAGACCCGGCGCGUGCCGACUGUGACGGUGCGGCCUUCCCAUUUCUGACUGGAGCUCUCAUUAAAGGUGGACCUGCCGACCCGGUGCGGUGUGAUGUUGACGAAUACUGGAAACGGCGCGCUGCAGCCCACUGUUCGGCGAAGCGUGCCGGUCGUCUCGUCAAAGAUAACCCGAAAAUGGACCUGGACGUCCUGCUGAGGGCAGCUCGUGACCCGGCUGUGACCCAUCUGCCGAACGCGGCGUUCCAGAUGAGGAACGCCUUGCCGUUCGUCCACUUCCUCACCCACAACCCAGUCUUCAUGGGCUGGGAUACGAAGCACAACUGGCUCUACGCAGGCGGCUGCGUUUCUGUGCUGCCCAAAUCCAGCAUUCUCGCCCACGUUCGCGGCGACAGCGUCGCGCUGGCUCACCUGACCGACUGUGAGGUGGGUGACGCCUGCCCGCUGGCGCUGCACGGUGAAGACGCCAUGACGCUCAACUGGCCCUACAACGAGCCCGUGCUGCAGGUGCAGACCGUCGACGACGAGCACGUGGCGCUGGCGGUGCGGAGUCAGGAGGCGGCACGCUACUGCCCCCUGCAGGGGGGCGUGCGGCUCUCGUGGUGCGAUGAGGUCCUCUCGCCGACGCCGCUAACGGCGGCCGUCUGUCAGCCGACGCUGGCCGGACGGUGGACCACUGCCGACGCCGCCGGCCGACUCCUGCUCCGGGACGCAGCGGCCUCGAGGACCGUCCAGCAGAUCCAGCUGCCCGAGGUGGCGCGGCCCUACGGCUGGUUCGGCCUGCACGCCGGACCGGACCAGCACCGGCUGCUGGCCGCCUCAUGGGAGUGCAUGUACACGAUCGACACCAGGGCGCCGGAAGCGGCAGUGACUUUCCGCCUGUCGGCAAAUGAUCACCUAUGCCCGCCUGGGGACCGCCUGCACGCUCUGCGACGCAGCGUUUGCCGGGACCACCUGAGCCUGGUGACGAGCAGCCGACACCUGAACGUGCUGGACGACCGGUGGCCGGCGGCGCCGUGGCUGCGCUCGCGGCUGACAGUGCCGGGGGCGGAAGACGCGAGCAACUGCACGCCUCUACCGCGGCUGACGGUGGCCGAAGAGCUGCAAGCCAGCGCGCUCAGUAUCGCGGGGCUGAUGUCGGACAUGUAG